UCGCGCAUUCUCACAAAAAAGUAAACAGACCGUAAUAUUUAGAUAUUUAAUACCUUUUAUCAUCAACGCACAUUUGGGAGCUGCGAACAAAUCGAAUUUCAAUGCAAGUUGAAUUUACUAUUGAAUAGAAAUUAUACGCCCUGUAACUACACAUCGCGCUAAAUAUAUCAGUAUUAUUUGCAGUUAAUCAAACGGGAGGGCCACGUUCAUGAUGAGAAAUGGCUUACUACUGUACGGACAACAUUCAUACCACAACUCUUACGCCGCGUGAUUAUCAAGUAGAACUGCUUGCAGCUGCUAGAGAAAAAAAUUUGAUUUUCUGUUUGGCACACAAUUCAUCUAAAGAGUUCAUAGCAUUGAAACUCAUUCAUGAGUUGGGAUUUCAGUUAAGACGGCACCGGAAACGAACAGUUUACAUCACCAAUAAUAAUUCUGUGUAUAAUCUGAUUAGCAAUCUCACUGAUCUCAAAGUAAUCUACAUAGACGGAAGUAAUCAGAUUGUAGAUUGGGAACAAGUACUUGAAGACUAUCAAGUUAUAAUUACUAAAGCCCGUUGGUGUCUGGAUGCAAUUACCUGUGGGUAUUUGGAUUUGCAAAAUGUAAAUCUACUUGUAUUUGAUGAGUGCCAUAAGAUCUAUGGAAACGAAGAAAUUUCGGAACUAUUUAAUGUAUACUCUAAAUGUAAAUCAAAACCAAAAAUAUUAGGAUUAGCUGGACCUUUGCACAAUGCUGGUUGCAUUCCUGGUAGGCUGAGCGCUGAACUAGAACAAUUAGAAAAAUGUCUUAUGUCGAAAGCUGAAACGGCUAGUGAUAUUGUGACCGUAUUAAGGUAUUGUACCAAACCUAAAGAACUUAUUCUUCAAUGUGCUCCAGUUGAAGAUACUGAGCUUGCGAUCUACUUGAAGGAGAUCGUUUUGACACAGAUUUUAUUCUUGAAAGACCACAGAUACGAUCCGUGCGAGAUUUACGAGGAUGAUGAAUUUCUUGAAGAGCUAAAAAAUAUUCCAGAUCCAAAAGCCGACCCAUUGAAAUUUCUUUAUGAAUUUCUAGAAAUAUUGGAAGAAAUGGGUCCGUGGUGUGCCGAUAGAGCUGCUUUGACACUAAUGGGACAAAUUGAGAAACAAAAAAUCAAAACACCAUAUGAACGACACUUUUUACUACUUUGCCUUGUAUCUACCGUUUUUGUACACAUUCGAUCUUACUGUGAUUCGAUUUUUAAACAGUACGAAACAGAAAUAGAAAAAAUUGAAGUUUUUUCUACUUCCAAAGUUCGGAGAGCUUUAGAGAUAUUUCGUUUUUUUGGUCCCGAAUCUCAACGAAACAAAUAUAAUGCAAAUGUCAAACAUUAUUCUGAUAGUCAUAGUGAUAAUGCUUGCAAUGCUGAGAGUUGUAAAGCACUGCUAGAAGAGAUACAAGCAGUAGAUCUGCGAAAACUUUGUGAGACUGUUAACGACGCUUCUAAGAGCAUUGACAACAUCUCGGAAAGAAUGAACAAUUUAAAAAUAUCUUUAAAACGGUUUAUGGAACUGGUAAAAUCACACGAACAGAAUGUUAUAACUGGACAAAGCAAAGACUCGAAAUCUCCAAAUAAAAACGGUAUUCGUCAGUUACGUGGUCAACGGAAAAAGUUUGGCUUUUUGAAUAGGCAAAAUCGAUCAAAUUAUAACCAAACUGAUCCUGAUGCGCUUAGCGCAUUGAUAUUCUGCCAUUCAAAAUUCACCGCUCGGAUUUUAUACAGUAUGUUUUAUGAGAGCAUUCGUUCAGAUCCACUUCUGAGCUAUAUAAAUGUUCAAUAUACAAUAGAUAAAACGGCAGAUCCUAUAACUGAGCCAAAAGAAGCGGAAAUGGAACAUAGAAAACAGGAGGAAGUUUUAAAACGUUUCCGGAUGCAUCAAUGCAAUCUACUAAUAGGAACAUCGGUAUUGGAGGAAGGAAUCGAUUUGCCAAAGUGUAAUAUUGUAGUUCGUUGGAAUGAACCGAUAAGUUAUCGAUCAUAUGUACAAUGCAAAGGUCGAGCAAGAGCAGCGUCUGCUUAUCACAUAAUGUUUGUUACUCCGCGAAAUAAAAUCGAAAGGUUAUGCAAAUUUGAAGAUUUGGGCCAUCGAAAUUAUCAUUGUAUUUGUACGAAUACUGACGAUAAAAGUACUAACGUUAAUGUAAAAAACAGAAAAGAAGAAAAUUGCGAGAAUUGUUUGAGGUUACCAGAAUCCAAUGAAAGUUUGAUACCUGACCAAACAUCACUCAAAAGCAGUUUACAAUAUGUUAACUCGGGUUAUCAAGUUAUGGAAGAUUGUACAAGCGAAAUGAUUGAAAAAGUAGCUAUUUAUAUGGAAAUAGAAAAGCUAUUACUACAAAAGUGCGAAAAUGUUGAACCCUCAGAGAGUCAACAUCAAUAUGCAGAUAGUUUUAACCAUUACCUUGAAUUAUACAAACCGAAUGGUCUUGAUAAUGCUAAUACCAAUGCAGUUGGAUUAUCUAAUGCAAUACAAAUGGUCAACAAAUAUUGCGCGAAGCUACCGAGUGAUACUUUUACUAAGCUGACACCGCUUUGGCGAAACGCUAAGACUGUGCGUAGAGGCCAUGAGCUUUUCCAAUACACUAUUAGGAUGCCAAUCAAUUCUCCCCUGAAGGAAGACAUAUUGGGUUUGCCUAUGCCGACAGAAAUAUUGGCUAGAAGAAUAGCAGCAUACAUCGCUUGCAAAGUACUGCAUACCGUUGGAGAACUGGAUGAUUCGUUACAACCAAUAGGUAAAGAAUCAUUUCGUGCAUUUGAAGCAGAUUGGGAGGAAUUUGAAUUGGAGAGUAAUGACGCACAGAUCAUUAGUGAAAACUCUGAGCCUAGACCAGGAACAACCAAAAGACGGCAGUACUACUACAAACGGAUCGCUUCUUCAUUUUCAAAUUGCCGGCCUACAAUCGGUUCUAAAGUGUAUCUUUAUCAUAUUAAUAUGACGUUACAAUGUCCCAUUCCAGAGGAACAAAACACUCGUGGUCGUAAGAUUUAUCCUCCAGAGGAAUCUGCUCAAGGUUUUGGUAUUCUAACUACAAAGCUAAUACCUAAGGUCAGCUCAUUUCCAAUAUUUACUCGCUCUGGUGAAGUCAAAGUAGCAUUAAAAUUGUGUACUGAGCAAACCGUACUCACCCAAGAUCAAUUAAAUAAAAUCAACCUCUUUAUUAACUAUACAUUCACCAAAGUAUUAAGGUUGCAAAAGUAUCUUAUGCUAUAUGAUCCAGAAGCCACAGAAAAUUGUUUUUUUAUUGUUCCUACAAUUAGUCGGCAAAACACAGUAAACGUAGAUUGGGAGUUUGUCAAUGUGAUUGCUCGAAAUGUUGAUAAAAUGCCCAUUUCUAUACCUGAUAUAGAACGAAAAAGUUACUCGUUUGACAGUAGUCAGUUCAAGGAUGCAGUGGUUAUGCCAUGGUAUCGAAAUCAGGAUCAGCCUCAAUACUUUUAUGUUGCUGAAAUUUGCUACCAUUUAUCUCCAAAAAGCUCUUUCCCAGGUCUCAAUUAUAGCACUUUCGAAGAGUAUUAUUUGAAGAAAUACAAUAUUCAAAUACAGAACUGCAAACAGCCUCUACUAGACGUAGAUCAUACUAGUGCAAGAUUGAAUUUUCUAACACCUAGGUACGUUAAUCGAAAAGGUGUAGCACUUCCAACUAGCUCAGAGGAAACAAAGCGAGCUAAACGAGAAAAUUUAGAGCAAAAACAAAUUUUAAUUCCUGAGCUUUGUACAAUUCAUCCUUUCCCAGCUUCUCUUUGGCGAGCAGCCGUCUGUCUUCCAUGUAUUUUAUAUCGUAUCAAUGCGUUAUUACUAGCAGAUGAAAUUCGAAAAAAAGUUGCACAUGACCUCGGUCUCGGUGCAAUUAAUAUCUCCGAAACAGACUUCGAGUGGCCAAUUCUCAACUUUGGUUGGAGUUUAGCAGAUGUUCUUAAAAAAUCAAGGGACGCAAAAUUGACAGCUACAGAAAACGUUGAAGAUAUCGAAACUGCAAUUUUCAUGAAAAUUAAUGAACAACAAUUGAACGAAAAACAAAAAAGGGACGAAGAAAUGGAGAAGAAUGAUAUAGAAGAUCACACCCAAUUAGACCAGACAACAGUUACCGAUUUACUCGAAGAAACUGAAAACAACAUUAAAGCAGAAGGAUUUCAAAUUGGAACUUGGUCAAAUGAAAUGGCGAACAGUAUUCAAUCAGUUAUAAGUGAUGAUGAUAUCUGGAGUUUGCAGCCCAAUGUUAAUGGGUGUACAAGAAACACCGCUAAUAUACGGUAUGGUUCUCCUACAUCCUGGGAGGUCACCGUGAAGGAACAAUCAAAUGACAUCCGGUAUUACAGUGAUUCAGAAGGAUCGUUUGUAACGGAUGACGGAUUUGACAGUGCUAGUACUGAGAGUGAUGAGGAACAAAACUGUGGCCUUAAAAUUGAAUUUAAAUCUGAUAAUUUAGCGGAAGCAAUUGAAACUGAACAUGAUAUAAUCAAACGUCAGAAGCAGAUGGAUAUCAUCAAAAGUACAAAUUUAAAUGAGCAACAAUAUCAGAAUUCUAAGAAUGUUACCAGUGGUUUCGAUUGCACUAGUAUUGAAACAUUGGAGACUAGACUUCAAUAUCAUGUUCAUCAAUUCGAAAAAUCUACUAAUGAAUUCAAAGAGCAAAUUAAGAAUUCUGGCACACUGGUCAAGUUUGAUGAACCACUUUCUGCAAAAAUUUUACAGAAAAAUAAUAGUAGUACAGUAUCGAAUAGUUCGAGCCAUAUUUAUAAUUUAUUUCCAUAUGCGCCGAAGGAACAAGUAAAUCUUUACAUAUCAGUAGCAAGCGAUGGAUCACAAAUCAUGAAUCUCGAUGGAUUUUACGAGAUCAAUAGGCAGUACUUCCCUGAAGAAUAUACCAUACUCGGAACUGGUGAUUUAUUUGACACUUUCAAUGAUGAUAAUGUGGUUACUGUGGACGAAAAAGGUCUCAAGAAAAUUGUGUUGAACGUUACUAACCCUUUUGUAAAGGACAAAAAACCUCCGGAAAUCAGUAACGAAUACAAUCAGUCUUUUGGUAAAUCCACAUCUUUUAUACAGACUUCAAACAUUUGUGAUGUCAAAACGAAUGAAUUCAGCUUUGAUUAUCAGCCUGACUUGAACAAUCACCCAGGACCAAGUCCCAGCAUAAUUCUACAAGCAUUAACAAUGUCUAACGCCAAUGAUGGUAUAAACCUGGAGCGCCUUGAAACUAUUGGAGAUUCUUUUUUAAAAUAUGCGAUCACUACCUAUUUAUACUGCACUUAUGAAAACGUACAUGAAGGAAAAUUAAGUCACUUACGAUCAAAGCAAGUGUCGAACUUGAAUUUGUAUAGGCUAGGAAGACGAAAAGUUCUUGGAGAGAGUAUGAUUGCCACGAAAUUUGAGCCUCAUGAUAAUUGGUUACCGCCUUGCUAUUAUGUGCCAAAAGAGCUUGAGCAGGCCCUUAUCGAUGCUAAGAUACCCGCUUGCCAUUGGAAUUUAGCAGACUUACCAGAUAUAAAGCAACUUUCAAGCGAAGAGAUUUGUAAGCUAGUGAAAGAACGUGCCCAGUCUCUUGGACUUCUUGACGAUUCUGACAGUGAGGAUCGCGAACAGAUGAAAGAAAUCCAACACCUAGAAAUUCGUAAUGACGAAUUCAUAAAAAAUUCAGACUACUUCGCUUGCUUUAUCCCAUACAACUUAGUCACCCAACAUAGUAUUCCAGACAAAUCCGUCGCUGACUGUGUGGAGGCUUUGAUAGGUGCUUAUCUGAUAGAGUGUGGCCCAAGAGGGGCGUUGCUCUUGAUGGCAUGGCUCGGAAUAAGAGUGCUACCGGUUCAAGAAAUACUGUUUGAAGUGGAUCAGAAUCGCAUUCCUGGAAGUUCUCCUCACUACGAAAAAGAUGGAAAAAUACUACAAACUGUAUACGGCUUCUGGACUCCUCCUCGGUCACCACUGUUAAAAUAUGCCAUGAAUCCAGAAGCAACUUUGGAACACCUACUUAAUGGCUAUAAUGCCUUUGAGGAUUCAUUGGGAUACCACUUCAAAGACCGAUCCUAUUUGUUGCAGGCUAUGACCCAUGCUUCUUACUGCCCAAACCGGUUGACUGAUUGCUAUCAGCGGCUAGAGUUUCUUGGAGAUGCUGUUUUGGAUUAUCUCAUUACACGCCAUUUAUAUGAAGAUCCAAGACAGCAUUCGCCAGGGGCGUUAACAGAUUUACGUUCUGCUCUAGUCAACAACACAAUUUUCGCGUCGCUAGCUGUACGACACGAAUUUCAUAAAUACUUUAGACAUCUUUCGCCCGGGUUAAAUGAAGUAAUUGAUCGCUUUGUAAGGAUCCAACAAGAAAACGGCCACAGCAUCAGUGAAGAGUAUUAUCUUAUACUAGAAGAUGAGUGUGACGAAGCAGAAGACGUUGAGGUGCCAAAAGCUUUGGGUGAUGUGUUUGAAUCUGUUGCAGGUGCAAUUUUUCUGGACUCGAGUAUGUCGCUGGAUGCAGUUUGGAAGGUUAUGGGCCCUGGAACGAAUCCUGGACGCGUACCGGUUGUAUCAAGUGGAUUCCGGUCGUCGUGUCGUGAAAUAAUCGUGAAAUGGGGGAACGUGAGAAAGAGGAGUGCUACCGCGUCGCGCUGUUCGAUGGGGCCAACUUCCCAGCCUGGAAGUUUUGGAUGCUCACACUGCUAGAUGAGCACGAUCUGGUGCAAUGUGUGGAGACCGAGAUCGAUGAUGUGCCGGGGUUGAAAAUUGAGGAUGGUUUGUCGAAUGCCGUGAAGCUAGAGCGCGAAAAAACCCGAAAAGAGAGGCUGAAGAAAGAUAAAAAGUGUAAAACGAUGAUAGUGUCCCGGAUCCAUGAUGAUCAGUUGGAACAUUUGCAAGGGCGUGAUACACCGAAACAAAUGUGGGAUUCAUUAGUGAAAAUAUUCGAACGUAAAAGCGGGCAAUGUAUGUAGUUUUUCGAGAAUGCGAAAAUGAACGGGAAUAGAAGGUGUGACUUUUAGGCUUAAAAAAUUUUUUGCAGUUCAUCAUGGCAUGCUGGGAUACGGGAACAGAAUAGUAGAGGGUGAUUCGACUUUGGCUUAGAAUGAGUUAUACCUUUCCCAGUAGUUUAAUUAGCCAAAACACCUUGCCAGAGACAACGGAGAUUGCGGGUUCGAGUCCCGUCUGGACGAGGGAAAAAAUUUUCUAAGCCUAAAAGUCACACCUUCUAUUCCCGUUCAUUUUCGCAUUUUUGAAAAACUACAUACAUUGCCCGCUUUACUAAACUUAAAAAAAUGUAAGUCAUAUGACAAAAAUGAAAUUAGUUCUUAAAGUCUAAAAUGUAGACUAUCAAAAAACUAUAACAUGGUGACUAGGCACUAUUUCGUCCUGACCGCUCUAUGUUAUAGAUUAUUUGGCAGUCUACUGUUUAGCGCUCUCGCUAAUAGUUUACGCUUUUUACGUUAUAGUUCAUACUUUUUAAAAGAAUUGUUUUUUAUUUUCCAUAAAAACUACGACAUAGAAAUCUAUCACGUCUGCCAGAGGAAACUAUGCCACUGUGCAUCGUGUGGCAGCACUUUUAGUCGAAAUGUACAAUGUCCCUAGUUUUUAUGUUUAGUUUAAUUAUAACUAACUUUAUAACUAAUCUGUAGUUCGAAGCUAGAGAUGUCAAGGUUGGAAGCGAUUCAAGCAUUGGUGGCUGAUUUCGGUACCAUAUCAGCAUAUGUGCCUUCAGUUAUUUCUACUUCAACAAAACGCAAAAUGCUGUCAGCUUAGUCUGGGAUGGUUUAUUACGAGCCACGCCAAACACGUUUGGAUCCCCAACACCCGGUUUCCUAAAAGUAGAAAUUCAAUGAUUGGCAAUUACUACUUGUCACUCUUACAAAUUACCUUUAGGUGUACCAAAAGUAUGUUUAUACCACUACGCUUCAUAAUGAGUUUCCGAUGGUCUUUUGCUCUCAGUAUUGUGUGGAUGGGAAAUGUAAUUCUUCUUUAUAUCAAACGUAUUCCGCACACUA